CGGCUGGUCACGGUGUUUGCCAUUUCUUGACCUCGCCCCCCUCCAGCGACCACCAAGCAAGAACGUCAACAUCCUGUCAAUCCGUCACCUCAAACUCUUUUCACUGGGACGCCUUGGUGGAUAGUCACGUCUUCUUCACGGUCCCUCUCGACUUUCUACCCCUGUCUGGAUGUCCCUAUCUGGUUCUUGACACCCUACUUUAUUGUGGGGGGCAUGCAGGCACUCUGGUCAACGCUCUUGUUUCUAUAUCGGUGGAGGUCUGCUGUACUGUUCCCACUUAGAGGCCGAGUCCACAAACGUCGGCAUUGUUUCAGCUCUCGUCUACUCCAGGCUCACCUUGCCCUUCCUCGCAUGACGAAAGAACUCGAUAAGGGCUUUUCAGGGUCCAGCGCACCGUGAUCCAACGGCGGCGAUUUGCGGCACGACUUUAGAGACGUCUCACCGAGAAUCCACGAUUGACUUCAAGUUUGACGGGUCUGAUGUGACUUGACUCUUGACGCGAGACUUGUCGUGGCUCCCUAGUUGGACCGCGCGGGAAGUCUGCCACUGAGCUUUGGGCUCGAGUCAGGUACCGAACCAAGCUCUACGAGGAAGCCUUGCUGAUUUUCCAUCUUACUGUCGCGUCAAUGUCAUGGUUUGCCUUCACCCUGAAUCUCAGAUCAGACCAUUUCGGUCCAAGGCACGUCACCCAUCAGUCCAACUCUAACACCACGCGAGUCUGUGCUCAAUGACGGCCGCAAGCUUGGUUUCCGUACAAGAUUGCGAGGAAAGGGGCACUGAUCAUCAGAUGCUCAGAACCUCAGGGGAGGAUCGGAACUCGCCACUAUGUCUUGGGAUAUCGGGGCAUUGUACCGUGUGGCAAACCUGACCAGCGUUUCCAAUCAUCACACAAGACGCGACCGCCGCGAGGCGACGAGCCGCAGCAGAGUUCUUUUGGUAUGAUUCUCGGACUUUCGCCUCGUAGCUUCAGGAUCGUACCACCCGUUUCGAGUGUGCCGAUCCUCGACCCGAUGCUGUUCGCCACCCACUUCGAUCGUCAGGUCUGCGAUUAUGACGGAUGAACCGUGCUGCCGAGCGGGUCGACAGCGAGAUUACACCAGACGCUGCGGGCAGCAUGUUGUCGCUUGUGUGGAUGAAGCACAGGUCAAAAGCACAGACAACGACGCGACAGCCGUUUUGGACCAACCUCCACGCGAUGAUCAAAACACAGACUCUGGCAACAGUGGAUUGGAUUCACCGUUACCCAAGAUGUCAAGGUCAGAUCAAUGUCCCGGCCCUUCAACACCUCUCAAUCUUUUCUCCUACCCGCUGACAGUGUUACCCAUCUUUUCCCCAACUGUGCGUACGUCUCUAAGCCGCCAUUCUCCCUUUCACUUUUGAAUUGAAGUUGAAGGACAGCAAAUUGAGUCAAUAGUGACUUGAUUGUCGGUUUACUAAGGCGUUGGAUUGACGUACUUAUCCAGUCACGAUAAGAACGGCUUUCAAGAGUGUCACUUAAAGAUUGAGUGAAUGCACGGAGGUCCCUCAUCAUUGACAUCAAAACCUCCGAUGUGAUAUGAGCUUGUGUGAACGUCCACAAGGUCCUGUUCUAGCUUCGUAAGGUGUUGUGAGCACCAUUGCUCAGCAUGCAAAUCUUGUCGAAUCAAACAACCGUCCUCGGCAGCCC